GCCUGUGAGCCGCGAACCCGCCGCCCCGCCCUCGCGGAGAAGGUGGCUGCCGAAGUGGGCGGGGAGGUCAGGUGACCCAGCUGGCGUCCCAAGAUGGCGGCCGCGGUGGCGCCGAGGAGGCCAAGGCGGUGUCCCGGCUGUUGAGGUGACUCCGCGGGACAAGUGACCGGUCGGCCGGACCGGAGGGCGGCGGCAGACGCACGGCCUCCCGAGUGCGCAGCCGGGACUUGGCGGUGAGGCAGCGGCGCCGGGGGAUGCUGGUGCUGGGCCGGGCCUCUCCCUCCUCAACUUAGGGCGGCGGCGGGCCCGCACCCCUGGUUCCCGGGCCAUGGCUCUGAGGGAACUUAAAGUGUGCCUGCUUGGGGAUACGGGUGUGGGUAAAUCGAGCAUCGUGUGGCGGUUCGUGGAAGACAGUUUUGAUCCGAAUAUCAAUCCAACCAUAGGGGCAUCUUUUAUGACCAAGACUGUCCAGUACCAAAAUGAGCUACAUAAAUUCCUAAUCUGGGAUACAGCUGGACAAGAACGAUUCCGUGCGUUGGCACCCAUGUACUACCGAGGGUCAGCCGCAGCCAUAAUCGUCUACGACAUCACAAAAGAAGAGACGUUUUCAACACUGAAGAACUGGGUGAGAGAGCUCCGCCAGCAUGGCCCUCCUAGCAUUGUGGUUGCCAUUGCAGGGAACAAGUGUGAUCUCACUGAUGUCAGAGAAGUCAUGGAGAGAGAUGCGAAGGACUAUGCUGACUCCAUUCAUGCCAUCUUUGUAGAGACCAGCGCAAAAAAUGCAAUAAACAUAAAUGAACUCUUUAUAGAAAUUAGUCGAAGAAUUCCAUCCACUGAUGCCAACCCGGCAUCUGGCGGCAAGGGCUUCAAACUCCGAAGACAGCCAUCGGAGCCAAAGCGAAGCUGCUGCUGAUGACCCAGGCCGUGACCUUGAUGAAGAAGCAGGUGGUCCUGGAUGCUCAUGCAGGAGAGCCGUGCCCUGCCACUGGCCGCCACCUCAUGCUCUUUAUGCAAAAAGGACUCAGAGAACCAGCUGUUUGGUUCUCUUGGAAGACUGCAGCAGGUAUUUCUGUCUGCAGACUUCUGUCGGUGGACUCUGGCAUGCAAAGGGACCAUGCAUGUCCUCGGCUGUUUACCUGGCUGAAAGGAGCAUCUGAUAUAUGGAUGGUAGGAUUGAAUUGCUGGUACUUUUGUAAUCAGGAUUUCAUGUAUCAUUUGUAAAGGGAAGUGAGCACUUUUCAUGGAUAUAAGGGAAAAAGCUGUAGAGAUGGUCAUCCCCUUGGUCCUCAUCUCUGGUGUCAGAGUCGUGUCAUUAAAGUGUGGGAAGUGGUCCCAGCAGAGGCAUGGGUGUUCCUGGGACAGCUUCUACCGUCUCUAAAGCACUUUCACGCACAGUACAUUAAUGCCGCCACUGCUGUGGCUGCCGGGUCACCUUGGGUUUGCUUCUGACCCUGUAUGUGUCAGAACCCACGCACAUUAGUUAUGGUCACCUUUUCUCCAUAAACUCUCAUGGUCCAGGCGAUGGGGUAGAGAAGCUACCUGGAGCCAGUUGAGUUGCAUAUGUCUAAACGGACAAGCAGUGGUUUCAAAAGAAGAGGAGAGAACAAAGCAAAUGCGUCUUUUGGUGAAUGGUUUGUUGUUUUUGGUUUUUUGCCCAGUUUGUUUUGGUGGGAAAAACAACUGUGUGCUGCCUAGCGUAUGUAAAUUUGUAGUCUAUAUUUAUGAGACCAUUGCUUAAAAAUUAUAAAUUAUGUAAAUACAUUAAUAACUUCUGAAUUCCUUUCAGUACUCAUUUAGUCCUGUGCCCAGUGUCCUAUGUGCCCACCCAUUUUUCAGCCUGUCCACAGGAACCUCUGAAACCCAUUUACCUUGUGCAGAAGCAUGGAGCACUUAUCUCGAAGCUUCCUUCCUCCUCCCCUCAGCCUCCCGCAUCCCAUCUGGAAAUGGUAAUAAAGACAUAUGCCUCCCUGACAAGCCUGGCUAGUCCUUCCAGCCCGGGUGAGAGGGGGCCCAGCACCCGCCAUUCACCUAAGGCGAGAGGGAGCUUCUCUCAGCUCCUCCAGAGAGCUCGGACCAACUGUUUUAAGAGUGCUUUGCUUAUUAACAGCCGGCUCACCUCUCCCUCCUUUAUCUUCUCUUGCCUGUGUCAGUGCUUCACACUCUUUUCCCUCAGGAGCCUAAUGAGGUUUUUAAUAUAAUCUAAAAAUAAAGCACCCAAGUGAAGCUGCUGGAAAUUUGUUCCUGGCCUAAUUUGGCGCCCUUCCAGCCUGGGUAUUGUAAGGGAAGGAAAUUUACAAGAUUAAAUAGGAAAUGAAACAGCUUGAAUUUCAAACCAAAUUGUGUUUUCAGAGCUGUCCUUAACUGAAUAGUCAAAACUUUUAAAAACAAUUGUUACUACAUUAUGCCCCUCCCCCAGAUGCUUAAGAUGGAGAGGGCCUAAUAGACAGGCAACACUGGACCUGAACAUGGCCUCCAGUGCCUUAUCCUCACUGCAGUCAGACUUUGAGACCUCUAGAUCAGCAAAAACAGUGCUGCCUGGCUCAUGUGGAUAGGGCUGCCCAUGUGAGACCCUUUCUAUCUCGUCUCACCAAAAGAUGGUAGCGCUUCUUGACCUGAACAGUUGAGUAACACACAUGAGUGUGCAGGAAAACACCUCUGCCCCUACUGCUCUGCUGCCACAGCCGAUGGCUGCUCUCUUCUGCAGCUCCCGACCUUGCGCUGCCUUCCCUUGUGUGUCACAUGGAGAGAAUGACUGACCAUGGCUUCCUGUCUUUUCAACAGGAUGAGAAGCAUAGACUCUGUGUUCAUGUCUUUCUCUCUGUCGCCAGUCUGUCCUAGACACACAGGGGCUGUCCUAUGCAUGGUAUUGUGCUGUACUCAGUGACAGCAGAUUUCCGUCAGGCCCACCCUUCCUGCUCGAAGAGCGCAGAUAGCUAGAUCUCCACUUACUUGCCUCUUCUCAAGAACGCAGAUGAAAAUGGAGUCAUAGUGGUUUCUGGCCACAUUUUAGAUUAAGCAGGAAUCCAAUAUACAUUCUUUGUUUUCCUGGCUGUUUCGUAAGAGAAAUAGCCAGACUCCAAAGGCAUUAAGACACAGCCCCUCCAUAAAAAUCUUUGAUUCCCUUGUGACGCAGGGCCAUUUUUAAAAACUUUGAAGAAUGAGCAGAAGGGAAGAUCUUUAAUUAACUGCCGGUGUGUAUUGAUCUCUUUCAGAGGAACUGGAAUAAGCUCCUUGCAGGUGUCCGAUCCUAGGAACCACUGUCUCUCCAUGUCUCCUUCUACAUAAGUGUUUUUCUGAUUCUGUGAUAACUAAUUAACUAUCAUUUGGUGAUUAAAGGAACAUAGAGUGAGAGCCUGAUUAAGUGUCCUUCAGUGUAAACUCUGAGAAGUGAUUGGGGAGAAAUACCUGCUGCAAGCCCUUCUGCCUCCCAGUGAAACGCCAUCACCCGCUUGUCAGCUGCCUCCAAGACAAGUGCUGGACAUGGCAGCCGAGAGAUUAAUUCCUCUUAAAAUAACCCGGGUCCUUGUUCCUCAUCUAUGAUGGCGUUUGAAGUGUCCGCCUCCUCUCGUCGUGCUCCUGUCCUUUCCAUGCCUACCCAGGUCAGAGGCUUGAGAUUUUCUCAUGAGAGGCUUGGCUACUUGAAGAGGCCAGUGUCCUUGUUGAGAUGAGCUGCCCUGUGGGUUUUUUUUAAUAGAUGACAGGGAGGGAGGGGGCGACCUACAUUUAGUUUUAAGACUUCUCUGUAAGUCUUACAUGUAUUCCUUGUUUCCAGGAGGAAAAUAGGUUUGGGGGCUUUCUAAAGCUCUAAGAGACAAAGUACUGAAGUUGCUUUUGUAGUAGGUAGCUGUCUCCUGGCACCCUAGGCUGCCAGACCAGAGGACCUGCUGCUAUAUUUCAAGGGUGGGAUUGGUUUGGGAUACAUUGCAUGCCAGCACAUCAGGCUCCGCGUCCCAGAAGGCAACGGUACAUUGCCGACAUUGAUGGGGUACGGCUUAGCACCUCUUCACACACAUUCUUCCAGAACCCUCAGACACCUGUGUGUCUGCAAGACCCUGCAGGGGUCAUGAAAGAAUCCUCACCUGGGGACCCCUAAGCUAACAUGCAAUCCUGCUUCAGAACAUGGCUGCCAAACAGGCUGGCUUUUAUCAUUAAACUUAGCAGGCUGUUACACUGACUGGUAAGCACAGAAUGACCGUGGGAGCUGGCUCCUGGAAUCCCCUGGAAGUUGUCAUUUAAACUUGUUCUGAAGGGACAAGCAAUAUACUCUUUGUUAUUUGAUUCCAAGAUGUUCUACCUCUUAACAGCUCAUAAGUUUCUAAGGAAUAAAUGGGGUGCACCUUCAAGAUUCAAGCUGUCUACUAUGUCUUGCUUGAUCUCCUUGACUUAUCAAAAAACAAAAUUCCAUGAUGUAUAAGAUGAUACUUAAGAUAGCUAUGAAUAUGUUUUUGUUUUAGGAGUUGACACUUGCUAUGAAGUCUGAUGACACAAAUUCAAUCCCUCAAUUCUAUAUAAUAGAAGGAGAAGAAUUCCACGGGUUGUCCUCUUACCUACAUACAUAAUACAUACAUACACACACAUACACACACCACAUCAGUAAAUGUCAUAAUUAAAAAAAAUGUUCUGAGCAUGCUGUUAUGUAGAGGAUAAACAGAGCACUGUGCAGCUUUGGAAAAGGGGGGUCAGAUAGAAUUUAGCCCGAGACUCAGAGGGAUGACCUCAGUGAGUUUCCUGUGGCAGCAGAAAGGCUCGUCUCGACUUCCAGUAAUAGAAAACCAGGCAAUUUGAUUAUCUGAUUUUCGAGAAAUGUUAAUGGAAUUCCAGGGCAUUUGUCCUGUUUUAUGUGCAAAUGAAAGUCUAAAAAAUAUGAGAAGGAUACUCCACUUCUCAGGAGCCUCCCUUCUGUAUCUCGGAAGGUGAUGAGCGAGGGACCUGCCGUGAUGAAGUUCAUUAGGUGGUGCUGCGAAGGGCAGAUGGAUAGAGCCCGGGAUGGCCGUAUUUCUCAGCUCGUCCUUCAGGGUGCUCUUAGCAUGGAAGAGAGUGAUUUACUCUCUGGAGCUAGGGCUUCCACCAGCAUGCAUCACGUUUAAUUUGAUGGUCUGUACUAUCAGAAAUAACUAAUAUCUGUGUUCUUUCCUCUCAGAGAGUAAUCAAUUAUAGAUGUGCUAGAAUAUUUUGGCUUCAAAACAAAAGGAUUCAGAAGUUUAAUAAUAAAAAAAAAGUCUCAGGCCUUCCAUCGAUGCCUUUUUAUUAUGUUGAACAUUUUAGAUAGCGAGAUUAGAAUAUAUAAAUAGUAGAUGGUGAGAUUAAAAUCAUAAUGUCUAACAAACUUAAGAAAAAAUGUUUUAAUUUGCUGUGAGUUCAUUUUAUGGUGCCCAGCGCCUCAUCAAAAUGCUACAUAAUUACAACAAGCAAAAACCUGGGUAGCUCUCCACAGACAGGCCUUAAGUGCCAAGUUCUAUCUGCCAAUUAACGGGGAGUCCUAAGACAGCAAUGAUUUUUUUAAAGAGCCUUCUUUAAUUGACAGUUUUCAACUAUGGGUCUUAAUGUCCUCUUUAAUCGCACAGUAGAAACAGCCUGCUGGCUUCUGCAUGCCACUUCGUGAUUCAGGAACUUUCCAGUGUUUUGAGUCCUUUGGAGGGAGUCAUCAUUAAAACAGCAUGUUGCACACGGGGCCCGUGGUUGUUACUCAAAACCAGCAUUGUCAAAGAGGCCCCCAGCAUCAAAAGGCAAGCUGUGUGCUUCAGCCACCGCUCCAUGAAGCAAGACUUGAGUCAGCUGCUCAGCAACUAAAGUUGGCCCCACGCUCCCCUACUCCAGGCCGGUGCCAGGCCUGCCCACAAUGCUGUUUGCCUUGAGGACUAAUCCUAACAUUGGCCAUCAGUAACAUUUGGCAUUUAUACUUAAGUAAUCCAUUUUUCCCCUCGGAAAAGCUUGGAAGCAAGUCCAGAACUCUGUUCCCUCCCAUCCAUGUUUGAAGUUUACUGCUCGGUGCAUGAAACUUUUUCAACUUGGGUCAUACCCAUGAUAUCAAAGGAACCAGUCAGCUUGGAUGAUUGGCAGCCAGGUAGUCAGAGCAGCUGAUCGAAGCUCUAUUUUUAAAACAUUUGUUAGGCUGCUGUAGACAGAGCUUUAUUGCCCUGGGAAGGAUCUUUUUUUUUUUUUUUUUUUUUUAACUCGCCCCACUCAGUCUUUCCAUCAUUUUACAUUGUGAGUCACUCACACCGUCAUCAAUCACCACCCUGACCUUCAGAAAUUACGGCCUGCCUUCUACAAGGAUCGGUAUGGAAUUCUCCCUCAGGCUCCCUGCCCCAGCCACCUCCACAGCUGCACACAUGACGCACCCUUCUCUGUGGGGGAAAGAGCCCCCAGAACUUGUAGAAGGGCAGUGGGCAGUAUGAGCCUGAGAGGCAGAUACAACUCCAUUGACAGAAUGUGAUCUGUCACUAGUGACAGGACGAUGGGCUGAAGGGAUCAGAACUCCAUGGAGUUUGUAAGAGAACACUUAUGUGGAGUUUAAAAGUCCAAAUCAGACAUCUAGAGAGAAAAGACAAUCUAAGCCCUUAUACCGGCAAUCCUUUUUUUUUCUUCUGAGAGUGCUAUCCCUUGUCAAGACCCAAUGUCAGGAAUAAGCAACCUGUGUCUUUUACAGUAGCAUCUAUUUGAAAUUGCAGUUGCCCCUGGUUUCCCAAGGCUGGUAGCUCUCUAAAUAGCCCGAACUUAAGCCACAGUGGCUUCACAACAAAUGACAUACUGCCUGCUUACCUGUACCACUGUACUGGAGUGAGGAUUUGCCAUGCCCGUAUGGAUGUUCAAUGACUAUUUUUGCAGUCUGACCUUGGGCUGGACCUGAGUCUACGUAAACUGUAUGAUGUCUGUUGUUUGUAAAUGCCGAUUUAAAAAAACUCAGCCAUUUGCUUUUUGUUGUAAGAUUUACAUUUUGUAUACUUCCAUUUGCAGACAGUAGGUCUGGCACGCUUUGGAACAGUGUUUCUUCAGCUUGACUUCUAUCAUAUGCUUUUAUAGAGUGUGGCAUGCUCUGUCACUAAAAAAUUUGUGUUAAGAAUAAUGUAAACAUUUUGUUAAUAAAGUGCUAUGUUUACAUA